AUGCAAACCAAUGAAAAUGCUCAUAUUGACUUUAUUUGCUCACUACGGACCGAGGGCGGUAGUUUCACUUACACUGGAAAUGCAGCUAUGAGUAAUGGUGUGAAUGGUCUAGGGGAACGUGGAGGUUACGGACAAGUUUGCUGCUUACUAGACAAUCACAUACGUUGCAGGAGAACUGCAGGGAAUGCAAGCUACUCUAAACGCAUACAAAAAACAGUACAACAAAGGAAGUUGAAAUUGAACAUUGACCAUUCAGCCAGGCAUAUAUACAUCUGUGACUACCACAAGAAUAUGAUUCAGAACGUUCGUCAAAAGCGUAAGCGUCGUGACAGCGAUGAUGAUAGCGCAUCACAUGACCAGUAUUAUGAUACCCCAGAGAUUGAUUUUUUCCAAAUGCCUGUCAACACGCUACGAAGGUACAAGCGUCACUAUAAGCUUCAGACUAGGCCAGGACUGAAUAAGGCACAGUUAGCAGAGACUGUUGCGAGACACUUUAAGACGAUUCAUGUAAAUGAAAAGGAGGCUUUAACCUUCUUCAUAUAUAUGGCAAAGAACUAUAAAAGUCGAUUUGAUCAGAAACACAUGGAAAACUCCAACAGCUAGUCCAAAAUGAAUAAAAGACAAGGACUGAAUAUUCCCCCAUCUUUAAUUGGAUGUAUAUGCCACAUCAUUACAGACAAUAUAUGGGAUGUGAUCACAUAGCAUAUUGGAUCAUUGUUCAUUUCUGACAGAACAUUGUGCCAAUCUGUAAUAGAAGAUAAUCUACAUGAACGUUUAUGCUUUAUACUUUUUAACACAUUUUUGUGGAAUCUACUUGUGUUUUCCCAAAGAAAACUAAAUAAUUUUUGGCCCUUACAGAUUCAUUUCUGUUCAAAAUCUUUGUUUUGAAAAGUAGAUCUUUGAACCAGGCCCUUUUCCUUCUCUAAAAUUUCAAAGAAACAUGAUUUAAAGAAAGCCUGUAAAAUUCUUAAAUAAAAAGGUAAGAAAAAAGUUUUGAUCGGGGAAAUGAAUGGAGUAAAAAUUGGUGAUGAGGUUCAAUGCCUUCAGUUAGGUUUUAUUUCUCAUUUGAAAACGUGGCUCCAAAGUGGUCAUAGUUGAAUUAAUUCCUCACUUCACUGAACUAGCAAUCAUAUUGCCCCUUAAGCCUUUUAGCUGCAAACUCCAAUAGUGUGU